UUCAAAAACUGGGAGCCAUCCAGCGCUUGACCUGGGCGUCCUACACCCCACCACCACCCAUAAAAUACACCAUGCCUCUUCAGCAGCCGCAGAAAAAAGGAAGCCGGCGAAAAGAUGGAGGUUUGGCUCCUUGUCUUCCUUUCCCUCUCCCUUGCCACUGGCCUCACCCUCCUCCUCCACCAAGCCACCACCAAUGCUACCAAGAAGAGAAGGCUUCCCCCCGGCCCCCCAGCGCUGCGACUUCUCGGCAAAUUUUUCUGGCUCCGGCGGCCCUUGCAAGAGCUGGAACCCGUCCUUCGGGACCUCCGCGCUCGCUACGGCCCCAUCGUCACCCUUCACAUAGGCUCCCGCCCGGCCAUCUUCAUCUUUGACCGUGGCCUUGCCCACCGUGCCCUCAUCGAGCACGGCACCUCCCUUUCCGACCGCCUCACUCCGGUCCCCGCAGCCCGCUUCCUCAGCGGCAACCAGCACACCAUCUCCACCGCCGCCUACGGCCCCCUCUGGCGUCUUCUCCGCCGCAACCUCAUAUCCGAGAUCCUCCAUUCCUCCCGUGUCAAGCUCUAUGCCCCCCACCGAGCCUGGGUCCUUCAAGUCCUCACCAACCACCUCCGAUCCCAAGCCGAUUCGAAUGAUGCCGGUGCCGUCACUGCCAUGGAGAGCUUUCACGUCGCCAUGUUCUAUUUAUUGGUUCUCAUGUGUUUCGGGGAGAAAUUAGAUGAGAAAGCCAUUAAGGACAUCGAGAUCUCAAACCGAUGCUUACUGCUCUACAGGAGCCAGCUUAACAUCCUUGGCUUCCUUCCAAGAAUCACGAGGUACGUUUUCCGGAAUCGGAUCAAGACAGCUUCUCAAAUGUAUCAAAAACUGGCAGAGAUGUUUGUGCCCUUGAUUGAAGCUCGAAAAGAACACAAGAAACAACAGCAGCAAAAGAGGGAGGAAGGAGGGUACGUUUACUCCUACGUUGACUCGCUCCUCGACAUGGAACUCCCUGAGGAAGGGAGAAGGAAGCUGACCGAAGAGGAGACGGUGGCCUUGUGCUUGGAGUUUCUGAACGCGGGCACCUAUACGACCUCAACGGCGUUGCAGUGGAUCAUGGCGAACCUCGUGAAGCACCAAGACAUACAAGCGAAGCUGUUGGAAGAGAUCGAGGAGGUGGUGGGGAAAGACGGGGAGGAGAUUAAGGAGGAGGACUUGCAAAGGAUGCCAUAUCUCAAGGCUGUGGUCAUGGAAGGGUUGCGGCGGCACCCGCCGGGCCACCUCGUGCUGCCCCACAAGGUGAGGGAGGAUGUGAUCUUAGAUGGGUAUUUGAUACCAAAGAACGCGUCGGUUAAUUUUAUGGUGGCAGAGAUGAGUUGGGAUGGGAAGGUGUGGGAGGAGCCGAUGGAGUUCAAGCCGGAGAGGUUCUUGGCCGGGGGUUCGGGCGAGGGGGUGGACAUAACCGGGAGUAGGGAGAUCAAGAUGAUGCCGUUUGGGGUGGGGAGGAGGAUGUGCCCGGGGCUGGGGCUGGCCAUGCUGCAUCUCGAGUACUUUGUGGCCAAUUUGGUGAGUGAGUUCGAGUGGAAGGCUGUGGACGGGGAGGAGGUGGAUUUGUCGGAGAAGCUGGAAUUCGCCUUUGUCAUGAAGAGGCCUCUCCGAGCUUGCAUACUUCCACGGAGGAGGGCUCCGUAGUCCUAUCCCGUAGUGGACUCGGAGAUGUGGUCUUUUGUUGCAUGGAUAAUUAUUUUCUUUGAAUGAUGGGUUAUAUAAGAAAAAUGGUAUGGGUUAGACGGGAACAAAAAUCAUGUGCGGCGGGCAUUAUAAAAUAUCAUGUGGGACGGGGUUCAUGACGUGCCAUACAUCUUUUAAUAUUAAUUUUUAAAAAUAAAUUUAAAAAUUAAAAUUUUUUUAUUGAUGAAGUUAUUAAUCUCAUGAUAAAAAUAUUUUUUUUAAUUUUCAAUACAUAGUAAUGCAUAUUAUAGUACAUAAUAAUGCAUAUUAUAUGACC